AUGCAACUAGAGAACAUCACUGAAGUGACUGAAUUCAUCCUCCUAGGAUUUAGUUCCCAGCACAAAUAUCGCUAUGUCCUCUUUAUUUUAUUUCUACUCAUCUACAUAAUCUCCAUGGUGGGUAACAUUGGAAUGAUCUCACUCAUCAGGACUGAUUCCAGACUCCAAACACCUAUGUACUUCUUCCUACAGAAUUUGGCCUUUGUGGAUGUCUGUUAUACCUCUGCUAUCACUCCCAAAAUGAUGCACAACUUCAUAGCAGAAAAUAAAUCUAUAUCAUUCUGGGCCUGUGCAGUCCAAUUAUUAGUUUAUGCGAUGUUUGCAACAGAUGACUGCUACCUUCUGGCUGCCAUGGCCGUGGACCGUUAUGUGGCCAUCUGUCACCCACUUCGUUAUUCCACAAUCAUGUCUCAAAGAGUUUGCAUCCACCUGGUAGCUGGUUCAUACGUGGUGGGCUCAGUUAAUGCUUCUGUGCACACAGGGUUUACAUUCUCAUUGUCCUUCUGCAGGUCUAACACUAUCAAUCACUUUUUCUGUGAUGGUCCCCCAAUUCUUGCCCUCUCGUGCUCCAGUAUUGACAUCAAUGUCAUGCUAAUUGUUGUGUUUGUGGGGUUUAACUUGACAUUCACUGUGUUGGUGGUCAUCAUAUCCUACAUCUAUAUCCUGACUGCCAUCCUGAAGAUCUCUUCUGCAGCAGGGAGGAAGAAGGCCUUCUCCACCUGUGCCUCCCACCUGACAGCUGUCAUUGUUUUCUAUGGCACUCUCUCUUACAUGUACUUACAGCCUCCCUCUGACAACUCUCAGGAGAACAUGAAAGUGGCCUCUGUAUUUUAUGGCAUCGUGAUACCCAUGUUGAACCCCCUGAUCUACAGUUUGAGGAAUAAGGAGGUCAAAGAAGCUAUAAAAUUGAUGGGGAAAAAGAUUUUCUAA